ACGGAGCGUCGCGGCGUCGUCGUCCUCGUCCUCUUCCCCCCCCCUCUCCACAGCCUCGGCGAUUUGCAGAGCUCAUCAUGGCAUCAAAACGCAUCUUGAAGGAACUGAAGGAUCUGCAGAAGGAUCCUCCGACCUCCUGCAGUGCAGGUCCUGCAGCUGAAGACAUGUUCCAUUGGCAAGCAACAAUUAUGGGACCCCCUGAUAGUCCAUAUGCUGGAGGUGUAUUUUUAGUAAAUAUUCAUUUUCCUCCAGAUUAUCCUUUCAAGCCCCCAAAGGUAUUGUGAUUCCUCCACACAUCAUUGGUUACACAUGCCACAUGGUUCAAUUCUCUCUUUGCUCAUCCAUUUAAUGACCUCGAUGGUUUUGUUCAUUCUCUUGUGCUUAUCCAUCUAACAAGCAAAUUCUAUUCAAGUUAAAACUUCCAAUUACAUAUGCACUCGUAGGGCUUUUCAGUUUUUUGACAGUACAACAAUCAAUGGAAUUAAGCAGUUUCUGUUGCUUACAAACUACUGUAUUUUCCAGUCUAAAUUGUGUGGAAUUUAUUUCUUUUGAUUGACAUGUUAAAAUCAUGCAAAUUUUGGACUGAGGAAUUUCCUUGUUCUUUGAAUACAUACUACACUUUUUUUUAGUUGUUUAAUUGUUUGUGGCUUGUGAUAAUCUUGCAAUCAAGUUUAGUGGAUGGUGAAGUUGAAGGUGUACUAUGA